GACAUUGCCCGCCUUGGCUCGUGUGCAUGGCGAGCGCUGGGAAGGCGACCCAGCGGAGAAUCGCCCAGGAAAAGGUGACGAUUCCAGGAGAUCUGGCGCCUUGGCCAAGGAGCCGCGUCACCGCUCGCGAGCGGAACGGAUCGACGUCAAGUUCACGGAUUCAUAGCGAACGCAGCCUCCUCCUCCGCUGCCGGUCCCGUGAGGCCAUGGGUCCCACGCUGGCUCUGGUCGCGUGCUGCACGGCGCUCAUCGUUGCAAGGGCUCCGAUGACAGCGGCGGAAUUGGUGACGAAUGCGACGGCGGCGACUGCGGCGAAGAUGGUGGUGGACAGCCCUCCACGUGGCACGGCGCACACCUUCAGCUACGAGGUGGACGUGACCGUGGAGUGCAGCAAGGGAGCCCCGAAGACUCCCGAGCCGGACCUCCGCAUCUCCUCGCUGCUGGAGGUCGUGGAGGUGUGGAGGCAACCCGACCGGGAGAGCGUGCGUCUCCUGCAGCUCCUCUUCGAUGGGUUCACCGUCCAUGCGGGUUCUCUUUCUGCCGACUCCAGUUCUGAGGCCGACCCUAUGGGGACUCAAGCGGCUGCCCUGGGCCCCAAGGUUCAGGCGGCACUGGGGACCCCGUGGCUGAUCCUGUGGGAUAGCGGGAAGGUGCCGGAGAUGCACGUGGUGAGCGGGGAGCCCACGGAGGUGGUGAACCUGAAGCGGGGCGUCUCCAGCCUCCUGCAGCUGCAGCCCCAGACCGGCAACGCCACCGAGGUCGACGCCUCGGGCGAGUGCCAGGUGACGUACACAGGGGCCGCCGAUCGGCUCAUCAAACGGAAACUUCCGGGAAGCUGCGUCCACCCGGAGGAUCGCGUCAUGGGUUCGAACGAAGACGACGCGCUGGGCGUGCGCCGCGUCGUCUCCGCGCACGUCGAGCUCUGGCUGGAGGGCGACGCCGUGGCUCGCGCUCGCUCCAUCGAGCGACACGCGAUCACCUCCAACCUCCAGCCCGGCGUCGGGGUGAACGUCACCAGCAGGCAGCAGCUGCGACUGGUGAAGCGCAGCCGCUGGAGCGGCGUCGCGCUCACCGCCGCCGUCGCCGCGGACGCGGCGCGGAGCCUGGACCCGGCGUACCGCGCCGUGGCACUGCCGCUGCGCCACGAGCCCCUGCCCAGCCGGCAAACGCCGCCAACGGUACCGAGCGUGCUGGCCGCGUCGCGCCGCUUUCUCCGCGGCGACUCGCUGGCCUCGCGGGACGCGGCGAGGGCCUUCCUCUCGCUGGGCCGGGCGCUGGCCGCCCUCCCCGCGUCCACGCUGCUCUCCAUGCUGAGGGCCGAGGAGGCCGAGACGCUGCCACAGCUGCUGGACGCCGUGGUGUCGUCGGGGACGCCGGCGGCGCUGGAGGCAACGCUCGACUACUUGGACCUGGGCGGGGAUGAGGAGCGCCCGCGGGAGCUGUCGGAGCGAGCGCUCUACUGCUGGGCACUCGCCCCCAGCCCCUCGCCGCUCGCUCUGCAGCGCCUCCUGGGGCUGGCCAAGGACGAGACGGUGGCGGCCGAGACUCUGGACGCUCUGCUCGUGGUGCUGGGCGCCGGCCUGGGGAAGCUGUGCCGUGCCGGUCACUGCCAGCAAGCGGCGGCGAGGGAGACGCUGGCGCUUCUGAUCUCGACGCUGCAGGGCUCGGGAUCGCCGGAGGGACGCGCCGGCAGGGAGACAGAGCGGCGCGUGGCGGCGGCGCUGGCGCUGGGCAACGCGGCGUUGCCCGAGGCCCUGGAGCCGCUGCUGAGCACCGCCGAGAGCCCGGAGCGGCGCAUGGCCACGGCGGCGCUCGACGCCCUGCGCAAGUUCCCGCCCGGCAGCUUCACGCCACAGACAAAGCGGCGACUGAACCGACUGUUCCACCACGGCCCCGUGGCGGGGGGCCGCCGGGGCGGCCACGACGGAGUGGCGCGCUCCACUUUGGCAGAGCUGCUGCUGAGCGCGGAGCCGUCGCCGCAGGAGGUGCGCAACCUGCUGCUGUCGGUGGGCACCAGCGGCAGCAGCAGCGGCAGCAGCAGGAGAAGCAGCAGAGUCCACGCCGAGACCGGACGGCUCCUGUUGCGCCGCACACGCGCCAUGCUCGCCACGCGGCACCCCUCCAGUGCAGCCAUCCGGGAGGUCCUGCGCGACCCGCUCGUCAACAACUACGACAGAUUCUCUACUGCUGGACUGUCCUCGUCCCGCUCCGGAUACGUCUCACGAGGGCGAGGAUCGACGGUGAUCUUUGACCUGGACCUGCUGUUCUCCGACACGGGCAUGCUGAGGCGGAGCGACCUGGAGGUGCUGGUGCGAAGUGGCGCUGGGCAGCAGCUGCCAGCGCUGCAGGUUUCCCUGGAGGCCGAAGGCUUCGACUCGUUCGUCGGCGGAGACGUGCCAGCGGAGGACGACGCAGACAGACGCAGCGACGUGGGCACGGACGAGGAGAUGGACAAGAAGGUUGACCGUGAUCACGAGCAGCAGCAGCAGCAGCAGCAGGAGGAAGAGGAAGAGACGACGGACGUGACGGCUCGCAUGGCGGCCGCGCUGCUGGGCGUGUCGCUGCGCCCCGUCACGUUCUUCCGCGGCUACGCCGACCUCCUCACCAAGAUGUGGGCCUCGGGCAGCGAGCCCACGAGCGUGGCGCGUGCACUCGCCCUGCUGCAGAGACACACGCAGAUCUUGAGGCUGCAGUCCGGUCUCCCUACCGUGGUGGAGAUCGAAGCGGCCAUGGGGCUGGACAUCAUGGGGGUGAUGGAGGUCAGCCUGUGGAGUGCCCAGUCGCACACGCGCAUCAACAGCCGGGGAGCGGUCGUGGUGACUGCUGGGGCGGUGGUGGACGUGGGGGCAGUGAGACGGGAGCUGCGAGUCUCCUGGGACGCGGUGUCCCGGUUCGACUUCCUCACCGGAGUCUACUUCUCCGACUCUCCCAGCGUCUUCUGCAUGGAGGUGCAGCGCGGGGAGACGCCCACCAGGACGGAGGUGGUGGCGUCUUCGUGGGCGGCGUCGGACGACGAGGAGGGACCCGAGGAGGCGUCGCGCCGCUGGACGGGGUCCCGCGUCGCUCCGGCCGCGGGGCUGCCGCUGCACGCCGAGAACUCGCGCGCCUGCCGCUCGUUCUUCCCCGACGGCGUCGCCGCGAGCGCCGGCUGGGUCUGACCAGUGGCGAUGUGUUUAAUCCCCACAUCCCAUCACCGCGUCUUGGCCUCACUCAUCGAA